AUGCGUGACUUCGACGCUGACCGCCCGGCACCCCUGGAAAGCUCCGGUGGUCCCGCCACACGGAAGGAGGCAGGUGGAAAGGAGGUCGGUGUCUUCAUCACAGAAAUCAGCUGCCUGACGCUGGACGGAAUUAACAGCUUCUGCACCGCGGGGCAGACUCGGCUCUGCUUGGCACAGAUGGGCAAGCAGCAGCCCUACCUCAGGAAGGCGCUGCCGCCCAACCAGACCCGCCGGGCCGGCGGAGCAGCCAUCGCACAAGGACUGCUGGGUUUUGUUAGGAGUCCACGCGAGAAACAGAGCGCUUCUAGGCCUGGGGAAGGACGGGGGCCCGGGAGGGAUAUUCCUCGGGAAGGGGCCCCGGCGCGCGGGGCUUGGCAAGGCGCAAGGCGCAGCAGCAGCCCCCGGUGCAGCGCUGGCUCCUGCGCCGUAGCCAAACAAAGGCUGCUGGCGGACUCAGGACGUGAGNGCUCUCACGUGUCCGUGCGCUGCUGCCGGCUUGGGGGCGGGGCGCGCGGAGGGGGCCGGAGCGCCAGACACCUGUUGGGGCUGCUAGGAAAGCGGCUGCUGUGCAACCCUCCGGUCCUGCCUGUCUCUCCACUGUGGUGGGCUCAGCCCGGGCACCCGUCCAGCCAUGGCCGACCUUGGCCCUACUCUCCCACAGGAGCCUUCUGCAUCCCACUCUAUGUGCCCUACGUGCUGACCGGCCGCUGGCCCUUUAGCCGGGGUCUCUGCAAGCUGUGGCUGGUGGUGGACUACCUGCUCUGCACCUCGUCUGUCUUCAACAUUGUUCUCAUCAGCUACGACCGCUUCCUGUCAGUCACCCGUGCAGUGUCCUACCGGGCCCAGCAGGGCGACACGCGGCGGGCGGUGCAGAAGAUGGUGCUGGUGUGGGUGCUGGCCUUCCUGCUCUACGGGCCGGCCAUCCUGAGCUGGGAGCACCUGUCAGGCGGCAGCUCCAUCCCGGAGGGCCACUGCUACGCUGAGUUCUUUUACAACUGGUACUUCCUCAUCACGGCCUCCACGCUCGAGUUCUUCACGCCCUUCCUCAGCGUCACUUUCUUCAACCUGAGCAUCUACCUGAACAUCCAGAGGCGCACCCGGGCNCUCGGGGGCGGCAGCGGCGGGGGCGCUGCGGCCUCGCCCACCUCCAGCUCCGGCAGCUCCUCGCGGGGCACAGAGCGGCCGCGCUCGCUCAAGCGGGGCUCCAAGCCCUCGGCGUCAUCCGCCUCGCUGGAGAAGCGCAUGAAGAUGGUGUCCCAGAGCAUCACCCAGCGCUUCCGGCUGUCGCGGGACAAGAAGGUGGCCAAGUCGCUGGCCGUCAUCGUGAGCAUCUUCGGGCUCUGCUGGGCUCCUUACACACUCCUGAUGAUCAUCCGGGCCGCCUGCCACGGCCACUGCGUCCCUGACUACUGGUACGAGACAUCCUUCUGGCUGCUGUGGGCCAACUCGGCCGUCAACCCCGUCCUCUACCCGCUGUGCCACUACAGUUUCCGACGAGCCUUCACCAAGCUGCUCUGCCCCCAGAAGCUCAAGAUCCAGCCCCACAGCUCCCUGGAGCGCUGCUGGAAGUGAGCUGGCCCUUCACGGGCACCUGGGAUGCUGGGGCAGGGCCCUCCCACUGCCACGACCCCUCGAGGCUCUGGUUUCCUAGGCAGUCGGCGCCGCCAUCUCCCUCCCGGCUGCCCCCUCUCCCUGGUGGGAGCCGCGCCUUGUCUUCGGCCCACCCUAGAUGCCAUGCCAGUAUCUCUUAGACCACCUGCCUGCGGUGGAGGCAGCUCAGUGGGCUGGCCAGAGAGGCCCUCGCUGCCUGACCCGGAAUGUGGACGCCCGCCCCGCCACCCAAACCCUAGCUCCACGCCGGGCGGGGCCGUCCCAGCCUUGCUGCCCACCCUUCACAGACGGUCUGAUGGCCAGUGGUGUCCGCCCUUUGCACAAUUACUGCUUGGUGUCCUUCCCAAAGCGAGUGAUGGGUGUGUGCUCCGCGCCCCGUGACGCAGCAGUUCGCCCCGCACGCGCACACACCUGCACCCUCCCGCCUCCGCCCAGACGAGCCUGGGCCACUGGCUCUGCUGCUCUCUGUCCCCUGCUUAAGCCCAGGCGCCCGCUCCCUCACCCCUCUUCCCUCCAACUCCCUCUGCCCCCAACGCAUCAAGUGCCCUCCAGAACCUCGCGGCCGUUCUCCGCUCUUCCAUUCUGGGUGUUUCAGGAAGACGAAGAAGAAAACACGUCCGUGAACUCCAUGUUCCUUGGCUGUUUAAUCAAGAGAGACAAAACUGCUGAGGAGCUCAGGGCUGGAUUGGCAGGUGUGGGCUCCCACGCCCUCCUUCCUCGCGCGGCUGCUUCCGGCUGAGCUGUGCCAGCUGCUUCUGCCCACCCCGCCCCCGGGCUCGGGGUGCUGGGCCCUGACUGGAAGCUCUGAGAGGGGCCCGAGGGCCGGACGCCUGCUUGUCCAGGAGGCUGCCCCUUCUGCUCUCUGCUCAACCAGCUUCCUUGGGCUGACGGUGGGAGGGGAACUGGCCAUGCCCCGAGGGUCCCGAGGCUUGUGGGCGCAGCCCGAGGAGACAGGGCCCCGGGGACGCCCAGGGGAGGGGCCGUCCGCCACGUCCUGUGCACCCUGUCGGCGCUCUGCAUGCCCCGCUCCCCGCGUGCCCGCUGCACUACCCUGCAGACUUUGAGGUCCACAGUAAAGCGUAUUUUUUUAUCGGUGCUGAUUCCUGAGGACUUCUUGGGGGGGGGUGUGGACUGAGCUCCUGUACUUCAGUGGGGACCCCGGGGAGAUAUGAGACCACCCAGCAGGGCAUGAGGAGCAGCUGAGGAGCA